GACAACUGUCAUGGACUAGAAGCCAAGGGAAUCGGCCGAGGCCUAUCAGGCCCAGAUGCCGACCUUGAUAACCGAAGCUAAGCAACGGUCAAAUGCGGUGACAGCCGCAGAGAAGAAAAAGGCAGAGGCAGAGAAAGCACGUCUGCUGGUGGAAGAACAACAACGCCAGCAUGACGAAGCAACAACAAGGGCUACCGAUGAGGAACGCAACAUUCGGCACGAGAAGGUAUUUGGGGAGGAGAGAGUUAUACUCACGAUGGCUGCGCAAGGGCGGAGAGAGGCAGAGACUGGUGAACUCAGAGACAACGGACUCGAGAUCUCGUUGUUACUCUCCCACCUUACGAACCUCUUGGCGACAUGCAUUGCACAACGGGAGGAUAUCCACUGCCUCAACGACGUGGUCAAGGACCACAAGGCGUCGCUUGCUCAAGUAAACAGCCGCCUACAGCAGUUGGAGCAACGACCCGUCGCCGCCACCGACGUCACCUCCUCCAACCAUGUCGAUCGCCUCCACACAUUCGAGAUCGAUGUCGGAACACUCAAGGAUGGAGCACAACUACAGCAAGUGACAACUCAACAGCUUGAGCAGCAGAUCUAUCCAGCAGCCACUGGCCCUAGCACGUCACUGCAUGAGAGCAUUCCAAAGUUCGAGGCCAACCGAUCUACUGCCGCUUGCCGGGACCGCAAUGCACAACACUAUGCUCAUCGUUAUACCUACUUAUCCUCAUAUGCACCACCAACUUCACCGACGGAUGACGAAGCUGCGGUGGGAUACAUCCUUGCGUAUAUUACCAAGGUGGCCCGCGAGUUUCGCACGCAGUGGUACAAAGACAACAACGCACCGCUCCUCUACGUCCGCAUCCAAGUUGGGCAAGCGUCCUGCAGUGCUUUGCUGGAUAGUGGCGCCACUCGCAAUUUCAUGAGCGAGUCGUGUAUUCAAAGGGCUGGCCUUGGCGCACAAGUUCGAAGGAAGGCAAAUGCUACGGCGAUCAAGUUGGCGAGCAUAAGGGCGCAACAACUUAUCGACCGCUACAUCGAGGCCAUACCGGUGUACUUCGCACCUCAUGCAUGUGAGCCGGUGACGUUUGACGUCUUGGACACGGACUUUGAUAUCAUUCUGGGGAUGCCUUGGCUUGCAAGUGCGAAUCACACGGUCAACUUUCAUCAACGGACCCUUACCAUCCGUGACGCCUUUGGCCUCGAGGUGCCGUGUACCAUUCCUCUUCCACACCCUUUGAUCCGGUGCCAAGUUGUGACGGCCAAGUCGUUCCGGGCCACUUGUGCUUACGAGCAGCCCGGCAACGUCGGCCUACGUUUUCUACGAACCGUCGCGGUAGCCGACUCUUCAUUCACGGGCUUGUCUUCGGAGCCCCGUGUGGUGCGGUUGCUUGAUGAGUUCGCUGAUAUCUUCGAGUCACCUACCGGUGUGGUGCCGGAUCGACCGAUCUCUCACGAGAUCAUUCUUGAGGCUGGUGUCGCGGCGUCAAAAUGUUGCAUCUAUCGCAUGAGCGAGGAGGAGCUCGCGGUCCUCCGCGCUCAACUCGAUGAUUUGUUGGACAAGGGAUGGAUCCGCCCUAGCAGCUCACCAUACGGUGCGCCAGUUCUCUUCAAACGGAGGAAGAACAAGGAUCUACAAUUCUGCAUCGACUACCACAAGCUCAACGCGCACACCAUUAAGAAUAUGGGGCCUCUUCCUUGUAUCGACGAUCUUCUUGAGCAUUUGGGCACCACACAGUACUUUUCCAAGUUGGACUUGAAGUCGGGCUAUCAUCAGAUGUCGAUACAGCCGAAUGAUCGCUAUAAAUCCGCGUUCAAUAUGCGGUACGGGCAUUUUGAGUGGGUGGUCAUGCCUUUUGGCCUCACCAAUGCCCCGACGACCUUUGAAGUGGUGAUGGACCGGUUCUCGCUGGUCUACUUGGACGACAUUCUCGUCUAUAGCCGAACCUUGAAGGAUCAUCUUGAGCACCUUUGACGAGUGCUGGAGACGCUCCGCCGCGCUAAGUACACAGCCAACUGUGACAAAUGCGAAUUUGUCCGGCAAGAGCUGGAAUA